GAUUGGUUCGUGAGCUCCGAGAAAAACAGGUUACGCCAUAUUGUCAAUUUACCAAAAGAGCGCCGCGUUUGUGCAAAAAUGACAGAUUAGUAAGUGUCAUCCAAUUUCAGAGUAAUUGCAUGUUUAUGUUAAUGUUGCGAUUACUUUUAAGUCAACAUAUAACGCUGUAUCUGGCGUCCAGAGGCGUGUUCAACCGUUGUCGCUAACUGUUAGCCUAAAGUUAGCACAGGUCUUUAGCCAAUGUUGUGAGUUGAGGUCUGCGCUGUGCUGAGGUUCUCAUCAAGCUGUUUACCUGCAAGUUUUUAAUCUUACAGACUUUUUCCCUGACUGAAAUUUGACGCUAAAAUGGUGCACACCGGGGCAAAAGAAGAAGGCACAUCCACGGAGCAGGGCUGUUCGGUACCGCACGGAUCAUCCCUUGUGUGCCUGCGGAGCCGACCCUGCUCCAACGACAGGGACUCUCAGGUGCGGGCUGUCACAGCGGCUCUCCAGUCCAGGUUAGGGCCCUACGAGCGGCUCCUCACCUACCUACAGGCCGUGCUAGUGUGGGAAAAACCCGUGCAAUGUGUGCUUCUUUACGCCCUGGUCAACCUGGUGUUCUGGUUUUUCGCCCUGACCUCACUACGUCUGCUGUUCCUCGUUGCUUCUGGUCUGGCUGUGGCUGUUUUCGUCGACACCUGGAGGACUAAGAUUUGGCCAGAGAUUAGAGUGAAAAAGAUGGAGGAAUCAGAAAGCUGGGGUCUGAUGCAGCCUGGGAUCUUGAGCGUCCCGGAGCUGUGUCACCACAUCGCAGAGGCCUGGGUCAGUGGAGCAGUUGUCACAUCCAGCAUGCUCCAAUACAAACGACACAACCCUGGAAAAUUCUGCCUCCUCACCUGCAGUAUCUUCACCUGCCUGGCUUUGAUUGGACGCUGCAUCCCAGGAGUGGUGUUGUCCUAUUCUGCCGUGUGGGCGACUCUCCUGGCCCCUUUAGCGGCCUAUCACCGGCUGUUUCAGCAUGUGUGCGUGAAGCUGGAGCCAGUCCUGCAGCGUCUGGACUUCAGUGUGAAGGGAUACAUGAUGUCAAAGCCCAUCGACAAUCAGUUUUUACGGAGGCCCAUUCGAGGAGUAGCCUCAGGAGAAGGCAGUGACAGUGAGGAGGAGUUGGCCGCGUUUUGUCCAACUUUUGAUGAAGCGGUUGUUGCAAAGGAACUUGCCCUGACAGACUCUGAGCACUCGGAUGCUGAGGUGUCAUACACAGAGAACGGGACGUUUAACCUCUCUCGUGGGCAGACCCCGCUCACAGAGGGCUCUGAAGACCUUGACCGACACAGUGAUGCAGAGGAGUCCUUUGCACAGGACCUUCCAGACUUCCCAUCCAUAAACCCUGAUGCCACCCUCAUGGAUGAUGAUGACGACACGAGUAUCGGGCUGCCCAGCCUGGGCCCCUCCGGGCUGGGUGCUCACCGCACCUCAGUGCUGGAUGUGGAAGAACAGCUGGACUCUGAGGAGGAGCUGGACUCUCUGCCCAUGACCUCUGACCUCACCAGUGAGCUGGCCGGAGUCAUUGCCAGUAACAUGAUCCAAGCGGCUCUGGCUGGAGCCAUGCAGCCACGGGCCCCCGCGCACCGCAGAGAGGGCCCUCCUAAAGCAGGGGCUCAUCGGAGCUACCGCAAGCAAUCCAGCUCUGAGCUGGACACAGACUGGGACCCCGAGGACUUUGAGAUGCUGGAUCAGUCUGAACUGAACCAGAUGGAUCCUCUGGGGGGAGGGGGCAGUAAAAGGGGAGAGGGUCAGGGCUCUACCUUCUUGUCCAGUCUGCUUGGCAAACCUCAGUAGUGUGUGUAGUGAGAGAGUAUGUGAAGAAUGAGUUACGAAUGUGAUUUUAUGAUCCCUGCGUCUGAUCAGUUAUCACUGUGAAAUAUGUUUUAGUUCUGGUUUUGCUAAAGAAGGUCUUUCUCCAGAUCAUUUCCUUUGUAGGCUGAGCAAUAGGACAAUGGCAGACCAGCAUCUCUGAGCCUUGGAGGAGUCACAUGAUUCUUGGCUCCCCUCAAAUCCACCUUUUACUCUGCCGUCGAGACAGGGCUUCACAGGGACCAAAUGUGACAUUCCUUUGGCUGAGCUCAACCCAGCGCUGUUACAUGUGUCGUGGUCAUAUCAAAGCUGGACUUGAUAACAGUGAAAGAGGCGUUUGGAUUGUGAAACCAGAUUGCCAUUUCACUGGAGUGUGGUUUAUGAGUUAUUUUAUGGCAGGAGUACAGAGAGAUGAUUGAUCACUUAUCUGAAGCUGUCCUGUUUUGAAAGACUGUUCUAUUUCAUCCCUCCUGACCACCAGAAGCGGUCUGGCGGCCACACGGGAGUCAUAGAACUGUAGUUACAGACGUAACUUUUGUUUUCAGUGUGGUUUGUUUGUCCCCUUACAUAGAAAAAUCUAUAUUGUUAGAAAUGUUAUCAAAAUAUUUUUGACCCAACCUCUGCUGAAAACUUUGCCGAAUGUUGUAUUAACAUGUGUGCCCGAGGGGGACGCUUGCUUUGUUUGAGUCUAAGGAUUUUAGUAUUUCUGUAUACUUUCCCUUUAAUACCGGCCUUUAUGGCGUUUUUACUCUUUUAUGCAAGUUGUGUUGCCACUUUCCUCAGUAGCUGACAUUAUGAUGAAGUUGUAUUGUUACUACUGCUGGUAUCUAUUGGGAAACCUGUUUACAUCUAAAUUAGGCAAAAUGUUUCAUCUUUAAGUUAUUUUGAAGGACAAGUUGUGUUAGUGAUAUUUUAAAAACAGCACUUUUAAAGUCAGUGAAAGGAGAGAUUGAAAAUAAAUGGAUAAUCUAAAUAAAAAUGCUUUGUUCAUAAAAUAUUGAUUGGAAUCAAUAGUUUGAAAGAUUUAGUACAAAAAUCAGACAAUUAUUUAAAAUUCAAAGAGUUUGUUGUAUUUUGAGAGGACUACUCUUCUAUGGGAUCUGUUUGACAAUGUGACAGUAGUUUUUCUUCUACCUGGUUUUGAUAUGUUUGAUGUGCAAAUUAUAUUCAAUAAAAAAACUUUGCUAUUAAAUU